AUGGCUGCAACACGUGGUAACGUGUUCUCCUGUUCUUCUUCUUCACAACACAGGAUCGAAGCUCUCAAGUUGUUGGAGUGGGCGGAACCCAUCCGUUGCGUGUGCUAUCGUAACAUCAGCGACGUGGCCUUGAGGGGGGUUCUGUCUGACGACUCCUUGAGGCAGGUGGAGAUGAAACUCACCCUCGAACAGCAUGGCUUGGUCGUGGAGUACGGUUCCAGGGGAGGUGGCCUGGUGUCUCCGAAGAAGGCGCUGCAUCUUGCAACCGGUGUCGAUCACUUCCUCGUCGCACACAGGCAAGGCGACAACUUCACGUGCAACGAGAAGGUGAUACCGCAAAAGUUCGAUGGCAUGCUGCGCACAUCCGAGGGCAAGCACGACCCCAACACCGCCGCUGCAUCGGUGACGACUGCGGUCCCUUACCUCGGGGCUAAGAAGCGCUUCUCCGACGACAUCGCCGUCUGGGUGAUUCAGCGGUUAACUAGUUACGAGACACCGUGGCGACGUUGA